AACAGGCCUCAUACAUACUGUCAGGGAUAGUCAUCUGAAUCACAUGUCUUCGAAGGAAGUUACCUUAUUUGUUCUACAUAGACCACGUGUUUAUACAAGUUAGAAACAACUCAAAGGAACGGAUAUUUGUAGCAGUAAAUAUCGGAAAUAUCGGAAAUAUCGGAACGUAGCUGGUACUACUGAAAAUCUAUAACCUUUGUUAACGGUUAAUAUCUAUAAGAGAGUAGAAGAAAUCGUGUGUGAGAUUUUUCGGAAUUUUGUAAUUAAUGUGGGUACACAGUAUAUGAAAUGUAAUAAGAACCGCACAUCUUCGCUAUGUCUCGAAUAACCGAUGCAAAAGAAGUGAUCCUGACCAGCGACACCACCGGAGAGAAUUGGAGUGCCGCUGUAUGGGAUCCUCGGAACGGUUCUCUGUUGUCCGUGUAUAAAAAUGCGACGGCACUUGGGCAUCGCAGCCUUCAGCUUUUGAGCGACGGUUACGUGCUAGGCGCGAGUGCUACGAGACCCUUUAUACACAUCUGGCCGUUGAACAAUCCGUCACCCUUGCCUCAUGUUCGACUGACCACACCGGGUAAAGUGAGCGCUUUAACUUGUACACCGAAUGGCUCGUACAUAAUUGUUUCUGCGAGCGAAAAACUGUUUAUCUGGCAGACAUGCAAUGGGAGAUUAAUGGCCAAUCUGACAAAACAUUAUCAAACUGUCAAUUGCCUAGCCGUCACAAAGGACGGUUCACUGUUUGCCAGUGCUGGCGAAGAUGGCCUGGUAUUGGUAUGGUCGCUUUAUAGUGCGUUGAAUGAUAACAAUUGUUCUCCCGUUCACACCUUCAACAAUCACAAUCUACCAGUCAAAGAUUUAUAUUUUAGUCACGGUGGCGCUCGUGCGAGAUUAUAUACGGUCUCGUUGGAUCGAACCGCAAACGUCUACGAGCUUGGUAGCGGAGACCUUCUGCUGUCAUUAGUGUUCAACGUACCGCUUACGGCGAUCGCCGUCAGUAUCCGCGAGAGCGAUCUUUUUGUGGGCUGUACGACCGGUGAGAUAUUUCAAUGUAACCUACACGAGCCGCCACGUGGGAUUGAAAGGCACGUAACUAUGGGGAAAAACGCGGACGAGGACAGCGCCAUAUUCCGAGCACACAAAUCAAACGUGACCGCUUUGUCGGUAUCCAUGGAUUGCCAUAGGCUGCUGUCCGGCUCCACCGAUAAUAUGGUUCAUAUUUGGGACAUUAUUAGCCGACAAGUGCUGAAAACACUCGAGCACAAGGGACCGAUCACCGCAGCGUUCUUUGCGAGAGGAUUUGAGAAUUUUCGUGUUCCUGUUCUCAAACCACGCUUACGAGUACAUAAUCUACAGACGAUAUCGGAAAACGAUGGCGGAAAGGGCGUUGUUGAAGUCGUUUCUAGAGGACGAAAUGCGACAGAUAUUUUGAACUUUGAAUACUACGUAAAAAAUAAUAGCGAAUCUGAUGGAUUAUGUGAGGUACCGAGAGAGUUGGAGAAUACGCAAAGAGAGAUUAUGAAAUUAAAAAAGAUCAAUGCUGCCAUGUAUCAAUACCAUGUUACACACUUGUUAAAUGAUAUAAUUGAUGACGAAUAAAUUACAUUACACAUAUAAUAUACUGCGAGAUUUUAAAUAGUCUUGUUCACAGAGAAAAGAAAGAAAGAAAGAUUGAUGAAAUUUUAAAAUUUAUAUAUGUUAUCCAGAGGAUAUAGGUAAUGUGUGCAGGAUGUUCAUAAAAUGUUCUGUGAUAGUUCGAUAUUUUGUAAGUAUAUAUUUUGGAGAAAAAUGUUUUAAAUAAAAAUAGUAGCGUUUCAAGACACUUGCUGAUGAUUAUGAUUGAUUCAUUUACAAAUAAUGUCGUCAUUGUCCAUAUUUUUUAUAUAUAUAUAUUGAUAUAAUAUAUUAAUUAGUAAUAUAGCCUUCUCGAAACUCAACCUUUGAAACAUUUUUCUCAAAAAGGUAUACUUGGAAAUAUCCAGCUGUCUAGGAAUAUUACAGACACUCCGUAUAUUGACAUCAAAAAAUACAAUAAUAAUAACUGCGUUUAUUAUUCGGUAAAAUAAGAUGUGUUUUUACAGUGUUUGAUUCCGUAACACUAUUUCAAAAUGAAGACUAAUAUAAAUAAUAACAUGCUCUAUGAGCUUAGCAUUCUAAGGAAUUAUCUUAGAUAUUAUUAUUCUAAUUCUUUAUGUUCUGUAUUAAAUAAAGGAUUUAUUGAUAUGAUGAAGUAAUUUUGUUUUUCGAUAUUCUUUUUAACGCUAAAUUAUUUUUUUUUCUAUUUUUGUUGUAAUAUAAGAAGUUAUCAGCUAGUGAAAAAUGGCUGGUAUAUUCUUAUCUUAUGUAUGUACAUUAAUAGAAAUCUUGGAGAAGUUCAAUAUCUGUACCACUUUCUUUACUCAAAAUAAAUUCAUUAAAUAUAU